UCGCCGUUCGCCAUUCCUGCGGGACGGUUACAAUAAUUCGCACGCCGUCGUAACUCGUCAGCCGCGUCCGCGUCGUCGUCGUCGUAUUAUAAAUAUAUUAUAUAUGAAUACUAUUAUAAUAUAGUAUUAUUGCGUGACAUCUGACAGCGAACAUAAAAUAUUGUAUUAACACUGUAUUUAAUAGUACAUCAUUGUAUUAUUAUUACGUCGAAAUAACGAAAACGUAUUCAGAAAACAAUUUUUGGAAAAACAAAAAAAUUUUCCGACAACAGCUGUAGAACAGUCGAAAACCGUUAUCGGUCUCGUUUGAACUUUAUUUUCCUUUCCCGAACCCGUUACAAGAGAGUGCGCGUUCAAAACCACGAGAUAUUUUCACACAAACUGCAAUGAACUUCGAUCCGAAAUAGUAUAUUAUAAUCGGUUUUAUCGCAAUAGUAUGGAUGACUUGGUCAAUAACCCGGAGUAUUUACUUAAACACUGAUGAAAAUUGUAUCCACGCUAUUGAGGACGAACAAUUUAACGAGACACAUUAGCGUACCGUCCGUACACGAAAUGUUCAACAACACGACGGCGCGUAAUGUCAGCAGUUUAUGGACGAAAAAUGCGGCCGGGAUGGAACAGGCGGCGGUGAUCGAUGAGCUGAUCGCCGAGUUUUCGCUGUCGCAAAUGAAAUUCACCGAGACCAGAAGUAUCAUGUUGAUCGGCCUUUACGUGCCUUUGUUCCUGAUCGCGGCCAUAGCGAAUUCCGUGGUGAUCGUCGUGGUUAUCAAAUAUCACUACAUGCGGAGUGUCACCAAUUACUUUUUGGUGAACUUGUCCAUCGCCGAUCUUCUAGUGACAUUCAUAUGUAUGCCAAUGGCCGUUGGACAAUCGGUGACUGGCUUAUGGCUAUACGGCGAGACUAUGUGCAAAUUAACAUCGUAUUUACAAGGCGUUUCAGUUGGUGCAAGCGUUUUUACUAUAGCUGCAAUGAGUAUCGACAGAUAUUUAGCAAUCGAACAUUCGAUGUCAUUCAGAAAGGUACUCAAUCGAAAAUCAACCAUCUAUGUCAUACUUGCGUUAUGGCUUGUGUCCAUGACUAUAUUCGGGCCAGUUUUAUGGGUCCGUCAAACAGAAUCUGUGGAAUUAGGAGAUGAUCCAAUAUUAAUUGAUGCAGUCCAUAGAUACGGUUUGGCAUGGUGUAUAGAAGACUGGGGAAAUGCACAUGCAAAAUCUACGUUAUCUAAACACGUCUAUGGUAUUCUAUGUUUUGUUCUGGUGUAUGCUACACCUGGAUUUUUAGUGACUGGAGCUUACACAUUGAUGGGUCGAAGACUAUGGGCAGUACGACCGCCCUUUGAUGACCAACAGGGCAUGAUAAGUGUUCAACAGGUCAGAAUGGUACGGGAGAGACGUAGAGUAGCAAGAAUACUCUUUGUCUUAGCAGUAAUAUUUGCACUCUGUUGGCUGCCAUACAACCUACUAACACUUUUUUUAGAUUUAGACAUCACGCUUGAUAAAUUUGGUCUAGAUCAGGAGUAUUUAAUGAAGUGGUAUCCUUUUACACUACUAUUGGGCCAUGCUAAUUCAGCAAUCAACCCAUUGUUAUAUUGUUUUAUGACAAGAAAUUUUCGAAGAACAAUUAAAGGUUUCGUAUGUAAUACUGGAAUCGCUAAACCGAGAAGAAGAAAUCGAUGCAAAGUUUCAGAAGGGGUUGACCGAGAAAAGCACAACCAGUGGAUACGGCUCGUUCCGCAACCCACGUCGGCUGUGUUUCACCCUGGCCCAACUACGCCAAAACAAUACAGUCCAAACACGAACUGCAACGAUAUCAAACCUUGCUGUUCUGUAAAUGAAAAUGAGUUAAUUUUGUAAUAUUACGUAUAUAUAUUAUAUUAAUUUUUAUAUUAUUUAAUUAAUGUAUUAUAAUGUAUAAAGCUUAAAGUAUAUGUCCAUAUUCGAACAAAAACUUCUCGUAUAUAAUAAU